CGUAAACGGAAGGGGCGGGGCAACGGCAGCGGAGGCGGAAGAGCUCCUUGUCCCUUCUCCCUGUGCAUCCCAGUCCGGUGGCACCAGAGACCCUGCACCAUGGGCGAGCGCAAGGGCACCAACAAGUACUACCCCCCCGACUUCGACCCGGCCAAGCAUCGCUCCCUCAACAAGUACCAUGGGAGCCACCCUCUUCGGGAGCGCGCUCGGAAGCUGGCCCAGGGCAUCCUGGUUAUCAGGUUCGAGAUGCCCUUUAACAUCUGGUGCGAUGGAUGCAAGAACCACAUUGGGAUGGGCGUCCGCUACAACGCGGAGAAGAAGAAGGUUGGGAACUACUACACGACACCCAUCUACAGGUUCCGCAUGAAGUGCCACCUGUGUGUGAACCACAUUGAGCUGCAGACGGAUCCUGCAGGAUGUGACUAUGUCAUCGUCAGCGGCGCCCGACGCAAGGAGGAGAGAUGGGACAUGGCUGAGAACCAGCAGGUGCUGCCCACCGAGCCGGAGGCGCGGGAGCGGCUGGCAUCCGAUGCCAUGUUCCGGCUGGAGCACGGUGCCAAGGACCGGGAAUACCGGGAACGGGCAGCCCCGGGGCUGGCAGCUCUGCAGCACUUCCAGAGCCUCUGGAAGGAUGACUUCGGGAUCAACUGCCGCCUACGGAGCCACUUCCGGGAGCAGAAGCCGCCUCGGGAUGAGCCGUGUCCUGCUCUCGGGAUCUCUCUGCUGCCGGAGGAGCCUCAGGACCGGAGGGUGGCAGCACUGAUGGCUCUGCAGGCCCCGCUGUCCUACGAGGCCAGGCAGCAGCAGAAACGCACUGAGAUCUCCUCCCGACCCUGGUUCACCGGAGACCCCCCCCGGAAACCAUGUGGGGGGGGGGGGGUGGGGGGGGCCCGGACCCCUCCCCCCACCCGCAGCACCCUCGGCAUCAUCCGCAGGGGUGACCCCCCCCCCGCAGGACCCCGGGGGGGGGCGGGGCAAGGGGGGGGCCCCCAGAGCCCCCCAACAACGUCAUUGGUGGCGGAUUACUCUGAUUCCAGCUCCGAUGGCUCCUGAGGGGGAGGGGACCCCCCCGGG